AUGGCGAUUACUUUAAUAGAAAACUUAGCCGCUACAUGGCUACAAAAUGAAGAAACAAUUAUGUAUUACGUAUCCUGUAUAUUCCUGAUAUGGGGAGGACUUCUGCUGCUAUCUUUAUCGCAGACGACGGCGCCAUACGGGCGUUAUUCAAGAAGUGGUUGGGGAUUUCUUGUCCCCGCAAAAUUCGCAUGGAUAGUACAGGAAUUUCCAUCGUUUGCUGUCCCGAUUCUGUUGUUUAUUUAUGCCGAUUGUGCUAAGGCAAAUAAUAAACUCAACUUAUUUGCUGUUGGACUAUUUACAUUUCAUUACUUUCAAAGGACUUUCAUCUUCCCCCUGUUGAUCAGAGGAGGUAAACCCACGCCGUUGAUUCCAUUUCUGGUGGCGGUGUUUUUCUGUACCCUCAACGGAUACAUCCAGCCCGGGUACAUCCUCAAGUAUGCGGACCUUCAGUGGACACCCCAGACCUACCCGAGGAUUAUUGCUGGAACCAUCAUGUUUUUCACGGGCAUGGCCGUCAACAUCCACUCUGACCACAUUCUAAGGAAUCUGAGGAAACCGGGAGAGACCGGCUACAAAAUUCCCCGAGGCGGCAUGUUCAACUAUGUUUCUGGCGCCAAUUUUUUUGGCGAGAUUCUAGAGUGGUGGGGCUUUGCUAUAGUCAACUGGACAUUUCCGGCAUUCUGCUUUGCUGUGUUUACAAUGUGCAACAUCGGACCAAGGGCCGUCCAGCAUCACAGAUGGUACAAGGACAAAUUUGAAGAUUACCCCAAGGAUCGCAAGGCGAUAAUUCCGUUUCUUUUAUAA